AUGGCUUCUCUUCGAUCUAUCACGCUCACCAAUCGCUCUCCAAGGCAACCGAUCAAGAACCUCCCACAGUCGAUUGAGGUCGACCCUGAUACCACUGUUGAAGGACUCAAGGUCCUCAUUGCAAAGGAAACCAAGCUUGGAGACUUCAAUCGCAUCGGAAUCUAUGAUCCUACCACGAAAAAGACUCUCAAGAACCGCAAGGCUCGUCUCGUCGAUGAGCCCGCCGUAGUUUCCACUGGCGAGGUUCUCGUAAAAGACAUGGGUGCGUCGAAACUGGUCAAAGACCUUGAGGAGCAUGUUCUAACUCUUGUCACAGGAUAUCAAAUCGCUUGGAGAACCGUCUUCGUCGUCGAGUAUUUCGGACCCAUCAUCUUCCACGCCCUCGCUGUCGCUGCUCGCCCCUACAUCUACCGCAAUGGAGACGGCGACAUGUCUCGAACCCAAUGGAUCACCUUUGCUAUGAUCAUGCUACACUUCUUCAAGCGCGAGUAUGAGACGCUCUUUGUCCACAAGUUUUCUGCCAACACAAUGCCCUGGAAGAACAUCUUCAAGAACAGCUUCUUCUACUGGGCUGUCUCUGGUGUUCUCUGCGCCUACGCCAUCUACCACCCCAACUCCCUUGCAGCCAAGGCCGACGUUCCUGUCAUUGAUGCCGUUGGCGUUGCUCUUUAUUGCUUUGGCGAGUUUAUGAAUGCCCUCGUUCACCAAUAUCUUUCGAGUCUGCGUUCUACUGGUGGCACUGAGCGCAAGAUUCCUGUUGGUUAUGGUUUCGGCAUUGUCACUUGCCCGAACUAUUUGUAUGAGGUGCUUGCCUGGGUCGGAGUCAUCCUUGUCAGCCGUGACUGGACCGUCGCUUUCUUUAUCUCUAUUGGUGCUGCACAGAUGAUUAGCUGGGCCAAGGGUAAGGAGCGCGCCUAUCGCAAAGAGUUCGGUGACAAGUACAAGAAGAAGAGAUACGUCAUCUUCCCCGGUCUUAUCUGA